GCCGAUGACGUAUAUGAAAACAAACUAAGCCAAUCACAGCGAGGCAGCGCGGUCAGCUGACAGCAGCUUCCGGCAGUGACGUCAGGUGUUGUGAAAAUGGCCGGACACGAACAUCAUCAUCACUUCUCUCUGUGCUUCUGUGAUUUAAUGAGGUUGUUGUGGUCUCUGGUGGUCCCCUGUGCCUACCUCAGCCUGCUGCUGACCCUCCUGCUGCUGCUGCUCCUGAUGGGGGUCCGCAUGUGGCUGCAGGGCCGCCGCAGGGCCCGCCGGGCCCAGGACGGAGGCCCCGCCGUGGCCUUCUUCCACCCGUACUGUAACGCGGGAGGAGGCGGGGAGAGGGUGCUGUGGUGCUCCCUGAGGGCCCUCAUGAACCGAUACCCGGGCGUCUCCUUCGUGGUGUACACUGGAGAUCAGGGAGUGACGGGGGAGCAGAUUCUGGAAGGAGCCCGACAGCGUUUCAACAUCACGCUGCCUCGACCAAUCAGCUUCAUCUUCCUGCGUCACCGCGUGCUGGUGGAGGCGACUUCCUACCCUCACUUCACCCUGCUGGGUCAGAGCGCCGGGUCCAUGUUCCUGGGCUGGGAGGCUCUGACAGCCUUCGUUCCUGACCUGUAUGUGGACUCGAUGGGUUACGCCUUCACCCUGCCGAUCUUCCGUUACCUGGGCGGCUGUAAGGUGGCAAGCUACGUUCACUAUCCCACCGUCAGCACCGACAUGCUGUCAGUGGUCAGAGAGAGGAACCCAAGAUUCAACAACGCUGACUUCAUCUCCAGGAACCCCAUGCUGAGCGCGGUGAAGGUGGUGUACUACUGCUGCUUCGCCCUGCUGUACGGCCUCGCCGGCUCCUGCAGUGAUGUCAUCAUGGUGAACUCCACCUGGACACUGGGACACAUCCUGGCUCUGUGGCGUUCGCCAAACCGCACCAGCGUCGUCUAUCCGCCCUGCGACGUCAGAGCCUUCCUGGACGUCCCACUGGAGGAGGAUGAUGAAGAUGACGUGGAGGAGGGCUGGGAGGAGCUGGGACAGGAGCUGGGGAGCGGAGAGGAGAAGGACGGACGAGGAGGAGACAGGAAGUGUCACUCCAUCGUGUCGGUGGGUCAGUUCAGACCGGAGAAGGACCACCGGCUGCAGAUCAGAGCCUUCCACAAACUGCUGGACAGGAAGGAGGGGGGGCUGGGGGGACGGGAGUCUCUGCGGCUGGUGCUGAUUGGUGGAUGUCGGAACCAGGAGGAUGAGGAGCGGGUGCUUCUGCUGCGGGGGCUCUGUGACGAGCUGGGCGUGUCCGACCGGGUCAGCUUCAAACUUAACGUGCCCUUCGAGGAGCUGAAGAGAGAGCUGGUGGACGCCACCAUCGGCCUGCACACUAUGUGGAACGAACACUUUGGGAUAGGUGUGGUGGAGUGUAUGGCUGCAGGCACCAUUGUUCUGGCUCAUAAAUCCGGCGGGCCGAAGCUGGACAUCGUGGUCCCGUAUGAAGGAGGACAGACGGGCUUCCUGGCCGACAGUGAGGACAGCUAUGCUGCUGCCAUGGAAACCAUCCUGACGCUGUCUCCGUCUGCCAGGCUUGAGAUCAGACGAAACGCCCGGCGCUCUGUUGAGAGAUUCUCCGACCAAGAGUUUGAGUUCUGUUUCCUGGCAGCGACGGAGUCCCUGAUGACCAGACUGGAGCGAUGAAGAGGAGCCUGGCCUGGAGUCCACCACGAACCAGGACCUCAUCUGUCCUGGGUGUUAUUAGUCUACACAUGUAUGGAGUGAAGCAGUGAGAGUCAGAUCUAAACUUCAGCACCGUCAGUGACGUGUGACAUGAUUCGUCAUACAACAUUUGAACAAGAGAAGAAGGAGAAGCUCCUGCUGGACUCAGAGCUUCUUAUCCACUGACAUGAAGAAAAACUAAUCAGGACGAGGUUCACCAAAUUCAGUGACUUUGCAAGUGUCAGACUCAGGUGUUUGAUUCUCACCUGGUGACAGGAUUGAUGGAAGGAAGAGGACUUGUUACAGACACACAGAAAGAUAAAGUUUGUCCUGUCUUGUAUUGAAGGUGAGCAGCAGUUCAGUUAACAUGAUGCAGUGAUUCAAACAUGAAGUCACAUCAUGUUCAUCAUCAAACUGUUGAUGUGACGUCGGGUUAAAGUUUAGCAGAGAUGAGCUUCAGGGAAGUUUGAUCAGUUAACUCGCUGUCUCUUCUACGUGUCUUUAAAUAACCUGUUUUGUAGUUUUUCUUCUCUUUUCAUUAUGCUGUGCUGAAAGUUCCCCCUUGUUUUCAGUCUUUGUGCUAAGCUAGGCUAGUGUGCAUCAUCUGGUCUGACUCUGGUGACAGACAGGAAGUAUUUCUGACAAUUUGUUCCUUUUAAGGUGUUUAAAUAAAGUUACAUUCCAAACUGAGCUACAGCUUUACAUCCAGUGGACAGUGAUGUGAUCAUAGUUCAGUGAAGACGUGUCAGGAUUCCUGAACUGACAGAAAAGGCUUGUAAAGGUAUUUUUUCAUCAGUGAAAUGAAAACUUGCUGUGUUUUGUGUUGAGCUGAAGGCCAAAUGUCUCUAACUGAACUGUUGUUUCACUUCCUGUUUGCGAUGAGUUCCAGCCAUGGAGAUAUGAUCGUGUGCAAAAUAUCAAAGAAUCUUUAUUUUAAAAUACAUUAUUAAUAUUUAGGUCUGUUAAUGUAGAGGAACUCAACAAUACUGCAAUAAAUACAAUCAUCAAA